AUGUGGUUGUGUGUGUGGCUCUGUGUGGGUGGUUCUGUGUGUGUUGUCUUGGGUGUAGCAGUGCAGUGUGAGCUAGUUUUGUUUUAAGUUCUGUGUGUGUAGUUCUCCAUCAGCAGAUGUUGCCGAAAUGGCCAGCAUGGUGGUCCAGCUCCUGGGCUUCUUCCUGGGUCUGUUGGGGCUUGUAGUUAGUGUAGUUGCUACGGUGCUCCCCCACUGGCGGCGGACGUCAUAUGUGGGCUCUAACAUCAUCACAGCCACUGCAUACAUGAAGGGGCUCUGGAUGGAGUGUGUGUGGCACAGCACGGGCAUCUACCAGUGUGAAGUACAUCGCUCAAUGCUGGCUCUGCCACCUGACCUGCAAGCAGCGCGGGCGUUGAUGGUGCUAUCCUGUCUGACCUCCACCCUGGCAGUCCUGGUGUCCUCUACAGGGAUGAAGUGUACCCGCUGUGCCCGACGCUCCCCCACCAAGCACGUCCUGGCCAUCAGCGGAGGGGUCUGCUUCCUGUCUGCAGGCAUGCUCUGCCUUUUCACUGUCUGCUGGACAACCAAUGAUGUCAUCCUCGACUUCUACAACCCCAUCCUACCUGAAGGUAUGAAGUAUGAGAUUGGCAUGGCGGUGUAUUUGGGCUAUGUCUCGGCCUGUCUAAGUCUGAUGGGAGGGGCAGUGCUAUGUUGGAACUGUGAGGGGCGGACCGGGAACGCCCUCCCCCUCCAUCUACCUCGUCAUCACCCCCCUCCUCCUCCCCCUGUCUUCAGCACUUUAAACACCCCAGCACCCCCCUACUAUCCCCCUGCCGCACUGAAUGGCAACCGCACUCCCUCACGCACCUCAGUGUCCAGCAGUGGCUACAGACUCAACGACUAUGUCUGAGGGAUGGAGGACACACUCAAUUAUUGCUUCCUAGUGUGGAAGUGGACACAUUUAAUGAUUAUGUUUGAAUGUGGAAUAUAAUACAGACUGAUUGACUACGUCUACGGAAGGUUCACACUCAAUUACUUUCUAGACAACCUCCAGAGAGUGAGUGAGGAUGAGUGUGUUUUACAGUGUUGAUGUUGUUCAGGUUGUGUCCUUCCUCUCUAGGGCUUCUCUGAGGUAAAGUCCACAAGGUAAUCCUGUCCUCUUUAUCCUGUUGACUUUGUAUGUUUACUAUAAGAAUCCAGAAACACACUUUUGAACAUCAACAGCCUUAUUCCCUGAUACAAAACAAGCUUCCUUCGUAAAGGCCUUCAGGACAAAGACAGCAUAUACCAUAAUGAUAAGCCAUAUAGUUUUCUUCCAUGUGUAUUAUUAUGUGUUCCAGUUUCAUAGCUCAUAACUUCAUGGCUGUUAGAUGAACACAAAUAGAUUUUUAACUGCUCCAAUUGUUGUGAAGCACUUCCUGUCUUCUCUAUUAUUUAAUAUAUGUAAACUGCUUUAUACUUCUCCUGUUAUCUUAAAAUACCAAAGUCACAAUGGUGCAACAGACUACAAUUGAGCUUGAGGGUGGUAGGAUAGGCUACUACUAACUACACUGAAAAAAAUCUAAACGCAACAAUUUAAAAGAUUUUACAGUUCAGAAGGAAAUCAGUCAUUUUAAAUAAAUUCAU